GUGACAAAUAUGGACUCAGACACGGACUCGGACAGAGACAGAGAGAAGAGCAGCGAUCCCAAUGAGGGACUGCUCAGCAGCGAUGACAAAACGUUCGACGACGACGACGAGGACGAUGAGCCCGAGAUGGAGGACGACUCUUCGCCCAUCGAAGAGGAAGAGGAAGAGAAAAUGGCGCGCGAAGUGGAUGCAGCUGAGCAGCAGGAUGCAGAGCAAACGCGACAAAUUGCAGCGCAGUCCACAGCCGAGCAGCUGCUUGUGGUGCUGAAACAAACGGAAGCCAUUGAAAUGCAGCAGCACCAGCAGCAACAACAAGAGCAAGAACAAGAACAAGAGCAGCAACAAAUCGAUUUAGUGCCUGAGGCUGCGCCCGUUGCCAGUUGCAAGUUUAACGACAAUGUGCGUGAAUCCAUUGAAUGCUUCUAUUCCGCACAGGAUCUGCUGGAAUAUGGGCACAUGCUGUGCGGCACUGCUGCUGAGCAGCGUACGCCGGAUGUGGAGUCCGGUUAUUUUGAUAAAUCCGAGAGCGACGAUGUGUCGCGCGAUGAGUUUGAGGCGCCACAGGCGGCGGCGACGGCGACGGCAGCGCUGCGUCGCCCCAGAACACAGCAGCACAUGCUGCCACAAAAUGUUGCCAUGACCCCAACAGCGCCCAACAGCAGCAGCUGUGAAAGUUUGCGCAUUGAGUUAAAUCGCUUCUGCAGCUCCAUGGAGGCCUUUGAGCGUGAAAGCCUGGCUAUUGAACAACAGCAACAGCAAUUGCUGCAGCAGCAACAGCAGCUGGAGACACAAAGUGAGACAUAUGUUAUGCAGGUCUUUCGUUUAGAAGCUCAUCGUGCGCUUGAGCUGCUCGAGGAUUAUCAUGCACGACUGUCGGAGCCACAGGAUCGUGCACUGCGUAUUGCAAUCGAGCGUGUUAUACGCAUUUUUAAGUCACGUCUAUUUCAAGCUUUACUUGAUAUACAAGAAUUUUAUGAGCUAACUCUAUUAGACGACUCCAAGAGCAUACAACAAAAGACCGCCGAAACAUUGCAAAUAGCAACUAAAUGGGAAAAGGAUGGACAGGCCACCAAAAUAACCGAUAAUCAACGCAUGCGCAUUGAGACCGACUGUGAAAAUGCCAAAGAUGCCAAUAACGAGGAUGCGUCAGUUCAACAAGUGCGCAACUCGCGUUCACCCCAACAACAACAACAGCAGCAGCAGCAGCAACAGCAACAAGUGGUUCAGCAACUGCAACAACAGCAACAUCAACAGUCACAACAGUCUGCCCAACCACGCAGCGGGAAUCAGAUAGUGAACGGUGACGAUAGCUGGUACUAUGAGGAUAUACAGCUGGAGCGCGGCAAUUCAGGCCUAGGCUUCUCCAUUGCCGGCGGCACAGAUAAUCCCCAUAUUGGCACCGACACAUCCAUCUAUAUAACAAAGCUUAUACCUGGCGGUGCUGCCUCGGCCGACGGACGUCUGACCAUCAAUGAUAUUAUUGUUUCGGUGAACGAUGUCUCCGUCGUGGAUGUGCCACAUGCUGCAGCUGUGGAUGCGCUCAAGAAGGCGGGCAAUCAAGUCAAAUUGCAUGUUAAGCGAAAACGCGUGGCUGCAGCAAAUGCAGCCGCAGCAGCAGCAGCAACGGCUGCCAGUGCUACUACAGAUGCAACUGAUGGUGCAGCAGCAGCAGCGGGUCCCAAGGUCAUUGAAAUUGAUUUGGUCAAGGGCGGCAAGGGCUUGGGCUUCUCCAUAGCCGGCGGCAUUGGCAAUCAGCAUAUACCCGGCGACAAUGGCAUCUAUGUGACGAAGCUAAUGGACGGCGGCGCUGCCCAAGUCGACGGACGUUUGUCCAUAGGCGACAAGCUCAUUGCAGUGCGCACCAAUGGCAGCGAAAAGAACUUGGAGAAUGUAACGCAUGAGCUGGCGGUGGGCACGCUCAAGUCCAUAACCGACAAGGUGACACUGAUUGUGGGCAAAAUGCAGCAUUUAACCAGCAGCGCAUCGCAGCAGUCGUCGGCCGGCGUUGCUGGCGGCCAGUUGUCGCAGCAAUCGCAGGCCCAUUCGCAUUCGCAAUCACAGCUGGCAGCAACUCGCCAGCAGCAGCAGCAGGAUAAUGCAGGUGGGCUUAACAAUGUUGGACAAACAGUUGUUGAUUCAGCUGCAGUUACAGUCACUGAAACAGUCACUGCUCUAAACACAACUAGUAACACCAACAAUAUCACCAACACCACCACAAUCACCAACAACAUCAACACCAACACAACCUUCACCAACAACAGCCACAUGCCGCUUGCUGCAACCGCUGCAGAUAACAACAGUAGCAGCAACAACAACAAUAACAACAACAACAGCAGCAGCAAACACAACAGCAGCAGCAGCAGCAACAACUACAACAACAGUAACAGCAAUAGCAACAGCAGCAGCAGCAGCAGCAGCAAUAACAACAAAGCAAUCAUCACACAAACUAGCGCUGCCAGUUCUGUUGUAGCUGCUGCCACAGCUUUUAAUGCUAAGCUUGUUGCCAUGCCCUUGGCUCAUAGCAACGCUGAAUUGAAUCGCUCCCAGUCACCCCUGCCCAGGCAGCCCGGCUCGAGAUAUGCAUCGACGAAUAUUUUGGCGGCGGUGCCUCCAGGCACACCGCGCGCUGUCAGCACAGAGGACAUAACCAGGGAACCACGCACCAUAACCAUACAAAAGGGACCACAAGGUCUGGGCUUCAAUAUCGUCGGCGGCGAGGAUGGCCAGGGCAUAUAUGUGUCAUUCAUUCUGGCCGGCGGUCCCGCCGACUUGGGCUCCGAGCUCAAGCGCGGCGAUCAGCUGCUCAGCGUGAACAAUGUGAAUUUGACUCAUGCCACGCACGAGGAAGCGGCACAGGCGCUAAAAACAUCUGGCGGCGUGGUAACGCUGGUGGCACAGUAUCGUCCCGAGGACUACAAUCGCUUCGAGGCGCGCAUACAGGAGCUGAAGCAGCAGGCGGCACUCAGCGCCGGCGGCUCGGGCACACUGCUGCGCACCACACAGAAGCGUUCGCUCUAUGUGCGCGCUCUCUUCGACUAUGAUCCGAACCGCGAUGACGGUCUGCCAUCGCGCGGCCUGCCCUUCAAGCAUGGCGACAUCUUGCAUGUGACCAAUGCCUCCGACGAUGAGUGGUGGCAGGCGCGUCGUGUGCUCGGCGAGAACGAGGAGGAGCAGAUUGGUAUUGUGCCAUCGAAACGACGCUGGGAGCGCAAAAUGCGUGCGCGCGAUCGCAGCGUCAAGUUCCAAGGACAUGCGGCGGCCAAUAAUAAUUUGGAUAAGCAAUCGACGUUGGAUCGCAAGAAGAAGAAUUUUACAUUCUCACGCAAGUUUCCGUUUAUGAAGAGUCGCGAUGAGAAGAAUGAAGAUGGCAGCGAUCAAGAGCCUUUUAUGCUUUGCUACACACAAGACGAUGCCAACGCUGAAGGAGGCGAAAUAAUCUACAGAGUGGAGUUACCCGAUAUGGAGCAGAUAACUUUAAUCUACUUGGAGAAUAAUGAUGCUGACUAUCGUAAGUCGAGCAACUAAAACAAAAACAAAACAAAAAUCAAAAACAAUUACAAAUCUUUUGUGUAAAAGAACCAAGCAAACCUUAAACAAAAAAUGCAACAAUAAUUGCCUAAAAAAAAACAAUAUACAAUUAUCAAAGCUUAUGUUUCUUAAACUAGGAUUUAUUCCAGAGCAAUAUUAAUUAUAUUUAUAUAAACAUUUGUUAAACAUAUAAUUUUUUUCAAACUGAAACCGAAAGCAAUUUUGUCCUUUAAGCGCUGGUCACAUGCCCCCCCCCAAAAACUGUUGUCCUCUUGCAUAACUAUCUCUAUCUAUCUAUCUUGCUCUCGCUCUCUCUCUCUCUAUCUCUCUCUGUUCUUAUCUAUCUCGCUCAUGUGCUCUAGCUCGAGCUUUACGUUUAUCUUCAAGCGUUUGUUGUAAGCGCAGGUUUCUAAUAGAAGCUUUUAUGUUUAUGUUUAUGUUUUGAGUAAUUUUGAUAUGUUUAUAAUUUUGUUGCUGAAGGCCUCGAAUAUCAGUUUAGACAUUUACUUAGUUAAUCAGCUUACUUUGCCUGCUCUAUCUAACGUUAUGUUCAUUUUGCUUUCAUACAAUAUUGUGAAUUGCCCUUGGCUCAUGAACUUGAUUUUCAAAAGGCAUGAGGCAACCACUCGGCAGAUCUUCACAACUAGCCAGCACUAUUUAAUUAAUAGUUAAUGCAACACCAACACCAACUUGUCCUGUAGAACUUACACACACUUACACACACGUUUAGGCGCAACAUUAUCUCAUGUCCAGUAUUAAUUAAAAAUAGUUAGUUUAACACUUAUGCAGAGUUGCAAACUCCAAACUCUCUACACUUGCUGUUGUGUUUCUUUUUAAUUUGUUUACAACAAAGUUAGUGCAGUGAAUUCUUUUGAUGCCCUUAGACUCUUUAGAGUGCUCUCAAGUAUUAUUUUUAAUGAUGGGGGAAAGAAAUUUCUCUUGGGUUUGCUAUUUUUUUUAUGCUGUGCUUUGUCCAUUUGCCUUUGCGCAUUUAACUAAUCAUGCAAUCCAAGCAAAUUAAUUGUAGCAAUCCACACCAGAUAGUUGUAACGUUACGUUCAUUUAUCGUUAUCGUUAUCGCCAUUGCACGCACACAUUGCCAUCGAUAAACACAGAAGCCCAGAAGCAACACCUGUAACUAUCCAAAAAUACCGCCCAAGCAAACGAAAUCGAAAUCGAAAUUGAAUUUCUAAUGAACUUUAUUAUAUGUACAUAUAGUUUAUUCUCUCUCGGAUUAACUAGUUAAUUAAGUUGAGCAGAGGGAAUUUGGCAUUAGUGUACACAAGAAUUGUUUAUAAAGUUUAUAAAAACGCAAUAAUUAUAAUAAUUGACAAUAAAAAUAAGCAAACAGCAA